GCCAAGGCAGAGAGGGCCAUUUCCUCACUGUUUCCAGGAUGGCUUUGCGGGCCACAUGAAACCACUUUGCGGGCCGCAUCUGGCCCCCGGGGCCUUGUGUUUCAAUGUCUGGUGUAGGGGAACCAAGAAGGGUCUUUCCCAUGGUGAUUGCGUCCCUGUGGAAGGAGAUUAAGACUGUUAUUCAUCUUUUGAAAUUCUCUGAAGAUGUGGUUUUGCCAUAGGGACUGGGGACCUCAGGGCAAUAUGGCACCCAUGAAGUAGUUUGAUUGUUGUCACCAAGGAGGUAGAUUUAUUGGGUUUUGUAUCGGUGAGUCUGUAAACGAUUAACUUUGUAAACUUCUCUAAACUGCCCAGAGUCACUGUGAGCUGGGCAGGCUAUGCAUUUUCUUAAUAAAGUUGGAAAAGUAUGACGUGCCUUGGAAAUGUAUACAACUGGCUGGCUAGGGCCUUGAAUAGGAAAAACAAAGGAACAGAAUGCACAAACCUGGCAGGAAAGAUCACUUUUUUUCUCUUGCAUAUAUGCAAAAAAAAAGCACCCUUUCCUACAUACGUGCCCCUCAUAGGUGCUCCUAAUAGAUUGCUAGCUUCCAUUCUAGCAGAGGCAACUCCUAGGCUCUAAAUACUGGAAUGCCCCACAGACCUGCCAGCCUGAAAGGGAGUUGCUGCCACUUUUCAGUCUCAUUUUUGCCUGUGGCUUUAACUAAGCGCUUCGCAAGCAAAGAGGCAUUCAGUAGGGCGAAGUCGUGGGCAGAGGUGUCUGUACUUCUCCUGUUGAAUUCCUGCCUGUCAUGGACCCAACCAAAACGGGGAAAUUCUAGGUGGCAGAUUUCGGGGGGGCGGGAAACCUCUCCCCAUUCUUCCAGAACUGGGAAGAAAUAGGGUGGUUUCCUCCUCGGUAAGCAAACGGGUAUAAGCUCCAGAGGCAGUUUGAACCAAGCACUGAACUACAGCGUCCCAGGGGGUGAAGGCAACCCCGGGGUAUCGUUUUAUAACAGAGCUUGCACUGGCGUCGCAGCCGUCCCAAGUCCGCUGCUUUGCGCCCAAGGAACCAGCCCGGGUUCGUGUGGCCCAGCGGAGAGGGCGCGAAGUGCGCCUCCGCAGAGCGGGCAGGGCGCAGCCAAAGGCUCCUCUCCCGCCUGCUCGAAGGUCUCUCCUGAAGCUCAGCUCCGGGCCGUUGCCGCCACCACCUCCGCCGCGCGCGCUUCGAGAGUCGAAUGGGCUGGGAGAAGUUCCCGAGAGCCAGCAAGAACUCAGAGCCAAGCGGCUCGAGGAGCGCCUGCGCACUACAGGGGCGCCAGAUUUGGCGGGAGGGGGAGUGUCCAAAAAGCCUUUGUUAGAUGGCAUCUGUUUACAGAGUUUACGCUUUCAUCUCAACCUGUUUCCUCCUCCCCUCUCCGGCUCCUGAGAACUUAACAGCAUAAGAACCCUUUUUAAGAGGAGACACACGCCAAGCACUUCUUCCAGCUGCAUAAAGCCCUUUCCUCCCCCGCCCGCCCACUCACCUCUCGCCUUUUCCCCCCAGUGACUAAUGCAAGGAUGGCCAGGAGACCUAGGCACAGCAUAUAUAGCAGUGAUGAUGAGGAUGAAGAUGUCGAGUUAUACGAUCAUGACUAUGACGGUCUGCUACCCAAGGGUGGAAAACGUCAUUUAGGAAAAUCACGAUGGACCCGAGAAGAGGAUGAGAAGCUAAAGAAACUUGUGGAGCAGAAUGGCACAGAAGAUUGGAAAGUUAUUGCCAAUUUCCUUCCUAAUCGAACGGAUGUACAGUGCCAGCAUCGGUGGCAAAAGGUGCUAAAUCCAGAACUUAUAAAAGGCCCAUGGACUAAAGAAGAAGAUCAGCAAGUAAUAGAGCUUGUACAGAAAUAUGGCCCUAAACGCUGGUCUGUCAUCGCCAAGCACUUAAAGGGAAGGAUUGGGAAACAAUGCAGGGAGCGUUGGCACAACCAUUUGAAUCCAGAAGUGAAAAAAACAUCCUGGACGGAGGAAGAAGAUAGAAUUAUUUAUCAGGCACACAAGAGGCUUGGAAACAGAUGGGCAGAAAUUGCAAAGCUGCUACCUGGAAGAACUGAUAAUGCUAUCAAAAACCAUUGGAAUUCUACAAUGCGUCGAAAGGUUGAACAAGAAGGUUACCUUCAAGAAGCUUCAAAAGUCAACCAGCCUUCAGGUUUUCCAAAGAAUAAUCAUUUAAUGGGUUUUACCCACACUCCACCUUCUGUGCAUCUGGCAACAGACAUUCAAGCAACAGCGGCCAGUGACUAUUCGUAUUACCAUAUUUCUGAGACCCAAAAUGUCUCUCCUCAAAUCCCAUAUCCAGUAGCACUUCAUGUAAAUAUUGUUAAUGUACCCCAGCCAGCUGCUGCAGCUAUACAGAGACACUAUAAUGAUGAAGACCCUGAAAAAGAAAAACGAAUAAAGGAAUUAGAAUUGCUACUAAUGUCGACUGAGAAUGAACUGAAAGGGCAGCAGGCAUUACCAACUCAGAAUCACACUUCAGAUUAUCCAGGAUGGCACAGCACCACAAUUGCAGACAGUACCAGAACGAGUGGUAAUGGUGCGGCCAUUUCCUCUUUGGGGGAGCAUCAUUGCACUGCAUCUCCACCAAUGGACCAUGGCUGCUUGCCUGAAGAGAGUGCAUCCCCUGCAAGGUGCAUGAUUGUUCACCAGAGUAACUUCCUGGAUAAUGUUAAGAAUCUCUUAGAAUUUGCAGAAACACUUCAGCUAAUAGAUUCCGAUCUGUCAUCAUGGGGUGAUCGCAGCAGUUUUGAAUUCUCAGAAACAUCAAAUGCUUCACCUACCCAGGUUCCCUCAGACAGGACCCCACAGCUUCAGAAAACAGACAGCAAUGUGUGUAAGCUGGAAGGACACUCUCUUGCAGACUUAAGCAAAGCCAUGUUGAGUCAGGAUUCCUUUGCCUUGCCAAAGUCCUUGACUGGCUCCAAAUGUGGCCCACCUCCAUUGGUCAUUCUGCGUGCAAAGAGAAGCCAUCCCAUGAACCAUUUAGCCAAUGGUCAUAAUAAGUCCCUCAUUCUUACUGAAGUCAGCAGCUCAACUCCUAAACAUUCCCCUGUCAAAAGCCUGCCUUUCUCUCCUUCCCAGUUCUUCAGCACUUCUUCUAUCCAAGAAAGUCUGGAUCUGGACAAUCCCGCUUUAAGUUCCACUCCACUGUGUACUCAUAAAGUCGCUGUUACAGGAGCGCUUCAAAAAGACCAAGCAUUUAAGAGCCACAAAGAAAAUAAUUCUUUCAGAACUCCAGCUAUCAAAAGAUCAAUAUUAGAGAGUUCUCCAAGAACACCAACUCCAUUUAAAAAUGCAAUUGCAGCUCAAGAAUUAAAAUAUGGACCCCUAAAAAUGCUGCCUCAAACACCAACUCACCUGGUAGAUGAUCUGCAAGAUGUCAUCAAACAGGAGUCUGAUGAAUCUGGCAUUGUAUCCAGCCUAUGUGAAAAUGGUUUCCCUUUGCUGAAGAAAAUCAAACAAGAGGUGGAUUCUCCAGCAGGGAAAGCAGAAAACUUCCUUUGCUCAAAUAGUUGGGAAGGGGAAGGGCUAAACACACAGCUCUUCCCAUAUGCAUCAUCAGCAGAAGAUGUGCCUAAUCUGCUGACCAGUUCACAUUUAAAGAUGCCUACAUCAGAAGAAGAAGACAACAGUCAUAAAUUAUUCACAUUUCAUAGAACUAGAUCAUCAAGUAGCCCACUUCAGCAUUUUAGCAACACAUGGGAUUCAGCUUUCUGUGGGAAGACGGAGGAUCAGCUGACUUUCUCCGACCCAGCACGCAAAUACAUGGGUGCAUUCUCAACUCGAACUCUGGUCAUGUAAAAGUCCGCCAACAAGCAUUAUGUUCUCUUUUCAAAACACUCUAACAGUUGAUUUGGAUUUACCAUUCUUCUACAUGGGAGAAAAACAUUUUUGUAUAUUUGUUUGUUUGUUGUUAUGGUACAGCAUUUGGGAGCAGCACAAAGUGCAUACAUUCACAAAAGCAUAUAUUAAUCAGGUUGGAAUUUGCCCAACUUUAAAAGGGGAAAUGGACAGAUCAAAGUUCUCUUACACUGAUGAUGCUUUACUCUAUUAAGUUAUCAGGUAUUGAAUAUUAUGCAGUUAUUAAUAAUGCAGAUUUUUAACAACACAGUGAUUUUAAAUGAUUAAAAAUGUUUGGGGAGAUCAAGUGCACAGUAUUAAUUCAGUGAAGAGUUGCUACCUGAGUUCCAGUGCCAAUGAAAAUGUUGUCUAGGUUUUUGUUGUUGUUUUUUUCCUUUUUGAGAGCUGGCACUCAAUCAGUAGCUUAUGCUAAAAUCAUUGAACAAAUGUCUUGGUCUGAAAUACUGCAGGAAAAGCAUUACUGCAAAUGCUACUAUGAAAGUUAAGGCAGGGCCAUACCUUGUCUGUAAAUGCUCACUUAACCUUUAAUUAUUUGAAGUACUGUUCUACUUAAUGGAGAUCUAGAUAGCUUCUCCUUUUUUUAUUAAGAAAAGCUUGCUUUUAUUUUUUUUUUACUACUGUAUGAAGCAUAGUUUUAUGAAAACAAAUUAUAUUUUUAUUCAGUAAUUUAAUUUUGUAAAUGCCAAAUGGACUUUGGGUUGGGUUGUUUUUUUGUUUUUUAAUUUGUAAUGUUCUUUGCCGUUGCAGACUUGCAGCAGGUAGAUGGACUACUAAAGAACCAUAAAGAUUUAUAUAAAAAAAGAAAACCCUAGUUGGGG